AUGAAGAACCGAUGGGAUGUGCUGAAAAAAAGGUAUACACAAUGGAAAACUUUGAACUUAAGAGCCACAGGAUUGGAAAGGGAUCCCAGUACUGGUUGCAUUGUUGCUGAUGAUGAUUGGUGGAAGGAACAAGAACAGGCUAUGUCAGGAUGUACUGCUAAUUUCAGAUUUGUACCAUUUGAGCACGAGGAUCAAAUGAGAAUAAUGUUUGAAGCUGUUAUAGUUACAAAUGAGACCUCUUAUGUUCCAACAGGGCAUGGUAAUGAUGGUGAAGUUGGGGAGGGUGAUGCUGCGGGUAAUGAUGAUGGAGAGAUAGGUGAGAUUGGAACUAGUAUGGAGAGGAGGGCAGGAAAAAGGGUUGCACAUUACUCACCUAAGGGAAAGAAGAAGAAGACUUUCAGAGACCAAUGCAUGAAGCGUUUAGUUGAAGCAUAUGUGAUUAAAGCUCAGAGUAGUAAACACUCUGCUACUUCACAAGUUGUUGAUCUUGUUAGAGAUGAGAUUGGAAGCACUUCUGAGUCUGGAAAUGUCAUGGUUGUUGAUGAGUCUAGUGAUGAUGAUGACGAUUUCAUGGUUGCAAUGGUUGCUUUGGAUUGGAUGGCAUCAAGAAAUUUGUACAAGAAGACAAUAGAUAAUUCCCCAUUACCUAUCAUGACCGGAUUACAAUGGGUUGAGAAUGCGAAGUUGGCCUGGAUCUGUACUAUCUUGUUGACUCUGGAUGCCCUAAUAGAAAAGGAUUUCUUGCACCCUACAAGGGACAAAGGUAUCAUGUUUCUGAAUUGCGUCAUGGUCACCAAGCAGUGGGAUUGA